UCGGUGACUUGUGGUGAGUUUUGGAGAGAAGAGCAUGCGCGCGCUACUUUCCGCUGGUCGAGAGUUGGCACGAGCGCAGCAGACCAGCGCGUCUCUCCCGGUGGAAACGGACGCGUUUAUCCUCACCGUCUCUCACUUGCGGGAUUAAUGUGCGAUCUAUUCUUCUGAAGCCCGAAUCACUCGGUACGUCAGAGUUUACCGUCUGUACCGGAAUAACCGGACCGCGCGGACAUCAUCAACAUCAUCAUCAUCAUCAUUACUGGAGUGACUCCUGCAAGGAAAUGUAAGAGUGUCUAAACCCUUAGCUCGGGGUUUGAUGCGUAUUGUGAAGGGGAUUCAGAAAUAAUAAUAAUAAGAAGAAGAAGAAAUAAUCGGAGAUAAAGAUCAAGGUGUGGCGGAAAACAGGAGCGCGAGCUACAGGUUCAUGGGUGAUCUUGCACAUUGUGAGCAGGCAUGGUGUCUAAAGGGAGUGUUAUGUGAGGUUGUUGAUGGAGAGUUCGGUGUGUAAAACAUGAAGCGUGAACGUUUUAAACCUCCGGAGCCGGAUGAUCCAUUUUGCUGCUGUGACUGUGAGGAAGUGGACGAUGUGUGUGAAAGACUCCUCUGUUCAGACUGGGAGAAACCGUCCCCUCUCUCCCGCUUCUUCCCUGCCCAUGUGGACCUCUCUGUUCUUCCUCCCAUGGUCCUACUUCCUGUUUUGCUGCGUGUGGCGGCGCUGCAUUGCAUGCUGGGAAUCAUGGUCCUGACCGCUCUUCCUCUACUGGUCCUCUGGUAUUACUACGUCACUCACCGCAAAAAGAGACGCACACUGUUCUUCCUCACACUCGCCCUCUUCUCCCUCGCCUACAUGUACUUCCUGUUCAUCACCGAGAUCCUGCCCCGGGGGAAUGUGGGUAAUCGUCAGGUGGUUACCGUAACGACGGGCCUGAUAAUGACACUCAUUUCUCUCGCACGCACAAAACGUGGUCCCGGAUUCGUCCAAGCCGAUCCCACCUGCACCCUCUCAUAUAGAGGCCCCACCCACUGUAAUGGAGUGAGCCAAUCAGGGAGUCCGGGAAGUAAGAAGUGGUGUCCUGUAUGCCGAUUGGUCCGACCAGAGAGGGCGGGGCACUGCAGGAUCUGUGGGGAGUGUGUGUUACGAAUGGACCAUCACUGUGUCUGGAGUUCAGACUUCAUCAAGGAGUACACACCAGGACAAUCUGUCUCACACACACACACACACGAACACCAUGGUUCAGAUGCAUAUACAACAUCUCAGUGUGUGUGUGUGUGUGUUAGGAUUAACUGCUGUAUAGGACAGGACAAUCAUAAGCACUUCCUGUUGACGCUCCUCCUCUUCCUGAUGACAUCACUGUAUGGGAUCAGCAUGGUGCUGAGGAGUGUGUGUCCACGCCAGAGUGUGUUCAUUGCUCCACUUUACUGCCCAGGAGUGUACAACCAGUACAGCACGGCGCUGUGUUUCACCUGUGUGUGGUACAGCUGUAUAGUCACGGGUGCGCUGUGUUACCUUCUUGUCCUGCAGCUGGUUAACGUGAGCUGUAACGUGACGGAGCGUGAGAUCCACAUCGCUUUACGCGACCGAACCGCGCGCUCCCGCUUCUGUGGCAUUGUCGUGGAAACGGGCACGUACACGCGUGGCUUCAUGCACAACUGGAUUGAGUUCCUCAGCAUGGACACACACCACGGAGCCUCACGCACUCACACACACACUGUAUGACCCACAUGUUGCGAGUGCUGUUUACACUUAUACACACUUUCACACAGGAAACUGUCCAGCUGCAGCAAUGCAUUCUGGGUAAAUAAGACUCAUAAUAAGGAUUCAGUGUGGACAUUCAUAAGGGUCGGUGUGAGGAAAUUAUUGUACACACACACACUCUCACACGCACACACACACACACUCACUGGCACGCACACACACGCACACACACUCACUGAUACACACACACACACUCUCACACACACGCACACACACACACACUCACUGGCACGCACACACACGCACACACACGCACUGAUACACACACACACACACACACUCUCUCUCACACUCAUACACCCACACUCACUCACACACACACUCUCUCUCACACUCAUACACCCACACUCACUCACACACACACUCUCUCUCACACUCAUACACCCACACUCACUCACACACACACUCUCUCUCACACUCAUACACCCACACUCACUCACACACACACACUCUCUCACACUCACACACACACACUCACACACACACUCUCUCUCACACUCACACACACACACUCACACACACACUCUCUCUCACACUCACACACACACACACACACUCUCUCUCACACUCACACACACACACUCACACACACACUCUCUCUCACACUCACACACACACACAGACACACACACACACUCUCUCUCACACUCACUCACACACACACGCAUGGUCUUGUUCUGCACUCAGGUGAAUUUUUACUCUCGAGCUUUUACAAACAUUUUCUUCCUAAAUGUGGAUCAGACCAAAGACAGUAUAGGAACACAGAGAUGUGACACUUCUGAUCUGUAAUGUAAGCCAUAAACUCUGAUAUAAAGCAAUAGUAGCACACUGCACUCUCUCCUUCUCUCCUAUUGUCUUUAUUCAACACGUAUACAACAUCUUUAUCUUCUUUUCUCCUAAACCUUUCCUGCUGCUGCAUUUUAACUUUAUACUUCAACUUCACACACACAUACACGCACGCACAUGCACACACACAUGCACACACACUCAUGUUUAUAUUUCUAUUAUUUUAUUUCCCUUUACUUAUUAUUAUUAUUAUUGUUAUUAUGAUGAUGAUAAGAAUGAGGAUGAUGAUGAGAAUAAGGAUGAUGCGAAUGCAGAAACCAAAUUUUUCACGUUAAUUUUGUAAUUUAUAUAAUACACCAUUAAAAGUUGAGAUGAUUUAACAGCGCUCAGGUUUAUUUAAUGUGUGUGUGUGUGUGUGUGUGUAUACACACUGUGUUUUAACAGAAGAUUAACACUGGAUUGUAACACUGGACAUUAUGAUGAUUGGUUGAUCUUUCAGAGGGGCGGGACUUCCUAACCCACCUCACUGACUGGGCAAUGACCAUGAACAUGACUGACCUCGAGGUUAAAGCCAUUGGUCUGACUCUCAGAUCCUCAGAACUACUCUUAUUUAACAGAGUUAUCUUUAGUGACUCUUCUGCUCUGGAGCUAGCUGUUUUAGUGAGUAGACUGAGAAUGUUCUGCUGAAACGUCUUUUGAUGAUCUUAUUCAUGAGGAGAGACUGAGAGAACAACAGAGAUGGAGCAGAUCCAACACCACACACAGACCAAUAACACACACCUGUAUUUCCACUGUACACGCACACACACACACACGUUUAAACAUCAGUAGUUGCCCCACAGCAGGUCCUCAGGCUCUGAGGUGUUAAAGUCUGUGUGUGGAGAAAUAACCACUGACUCCACACAACUGAACAGCAGCACUGACAGAACACAUCAUCUUCUUACCUCAUAUCACCAACCAACUGCUUCAUCAUCAUCAUCAUCAUCAUCAUCAGCAGCAGCAGCAGCAGCAGCAGCAGCACUACAUGAUGUAAAUUUUACUGCAGUCUGAACAGCAGGUUUGAGAGACUACAUGCUGCUGUAGGACAGGUGGUGCUGGAAACCCCCCACUGUGGGCAGACACACACACACACACACACACACACACACACAGACAGAGACAUACACACACACACACACACACACACAGAAACUAAAUGGCGCCUCACAAAUGCUCCACAUUUAUCAGAUGAUGUUAAUGUCACUGCUCACACUGACUCUGUGUUCUCUCU